UAAUUUGGGAAUGGACAAGAAUGAGGCCAUCUUAACUCUGUGCCAUCUGGGCAGGUCAGCGUGGGCACAAUAAACUUGUACUUCGUAACUGGAGGUUGGGUGGGAGGGUUGAAAAAAAAAAGAGGGGGGGGCGAAAUACGGGAAGAGAGGGCUACCUCUCUCAAAAAACUCCCUGUAGCAUCUCCGCCUCAGCAGGAAAGGUGCGUUUGUCUGGGCAAACCCGGAGGGGAAAGCGCCUCGACUGCAGCGGCCGAGUUGGAGCGGUAGCCCGCGGGAGGAGGGGCGAAUCGCUGCCGCAGAGCCUCAACCCGACUCGCUCCCGGCGCGCUGACGCCGGGCUCGGAGGUCGCGGAGGAGUCGAGGACCCGCGCCCGCGAACCUUCCACCUGCCGAAGACCCGGGUGCAGCCAUGGGCUACCCGGGGCGGAGGCCCGUCAUCCCGCCGCAGAGCCAUCAAGAUGACAGAGAAACCCUGGUUUCUGAACAUAAGCACAAAGGGAAAACUUGCCGUCAGUCUGCUGCCGUUUUUAAUGUUGUCAACUCAAUUAUAGGGUCUGGUAUAAUAGGAUUGCCUUAUUCAAUGAAGCAAGCUGGCUUUCCUCUGGGAAUAUUGCUUUUAUUCUGGGUUUCAUAUGUUACAGAUUUUUCCCUCAUUCUAUUGAUAAAAGGGGCUGCCCUUUCUGGAACAGACACUUACCAGUCUUUGGUCAAUAGAACUUUUGGCUUUCCAGGAUAUCUCUUACUCUCUGUUCUACAAUUUUUGUAUCCUUUCAUUGCUAUGAUAAGUUACAACAUAAUAACUGGAGAUACUUUGAGCAAAGUUUUGCAAAGAAUCCCUGGAGUUGAUCCUGAAAACUUGCUUAUUGGUCGCCAUUUCAUUAUUGUGCUUUCCACAGUUGUCUUUACUCUGCCUUUGUCCUUGUACCGCGAUAUAGCGAAGCUUGGAAAGAUCUCUCUUAUUUCUACAGUUUUAACAACUCUGAUUCUUGGAAUUGUAGUGGCAAGGGUAGUUUCACUGGGCCCACACAUACCAAAAACAGAAGAUGCUUGGAUAUUUGCAAAGCCCAAUGCCAUUCAGGCUGUUGGUGUGAUGUCAUUUGCAUUUAUUUGCCACCAUAACUGCUUCUUAGUUUAUAGUUCUUUGGAAGAACCUACAGUAGCUAAGUGGUCUCACAUCAUCCAUGUGUCUACCUUGAUUUCUGUAUUUAUCAGUAUUCUCUUUGCUACAUGUGGAUACCUGACAUUUACUGGCUACACCCAAGGAGACUUGUUUGAAAAUUAUUGCAGAAAUGAUGACUUGGUAACAUUUGGAAGGUUUUGUUAUGGAGUCACUGUCAUUUUGACAUACCCGAUUGAAUGCUUUGUGACUAGAGAGGUAAUUGCCAAUGUGUUUUUUGGUGGGAGUCUUUCAUCAGUUUUCCACAUUGUCAUAACUGUGGUUAUCAUUACCGUGGCCACACUUGUGUCACUGCUGAUUGAUUGCCUUGGAAUAGUUUUAGAGCUCAAUGGCGUGCUCUGUGCAGCUCCCUUAAUUUUUAUCGUUCCAUCAGCAUGUUAUCUGAAACUGUCUGAAGAACCAAGGACACACUCAGAUAAGAUUAUGUCCUGUGUCAUGCUUCCCAUCGGUGCCGUGGUGAUGGCUGUUGGAUUCGUCAUGGCAGUCACCAGCCCUCAAGACUGCAGCCACGGGCAGGAAAUGUUCUAUUGCUCCCUGGACAAUUUCUCCCUCACAAACAUUUCAAUUUCUCGUUUUCAACUGACAACACAACUUUCAAUUUUAAACAUCAGUAUCUUUCAGUGAGUUGCGUCCUUUAAAAAAAAUAUGCAUUUUUAUAGACUUCUAAAUUGCAUAAUAACAUUCACACAUGUUUUAAUCUCCAUAUUAUAAAAUUAUUUCUUUGGCAUUUAUCGGGAUUUGGUUUCUUUACUCUUUAGUCCAAUGUAAAAGAUAAAAAGGAAAAGAAAGUUGAGUGUAUUUUAUCUUAAACCCGGGAAAAUAUAAAUGUUUUAAUGACUGUACUGCACAAAUCUUAAAGGCAGAAGGAAAAGUAAGGCCUUUGACAUUUGCUGCCAUCCUCUCAAAGAACUUUUCUCUUUUUAAACCAAUAUAUUGUGCUCUAAAAUGAGUAGAUGAUUGUGGGUUUAAAUUUUCUGUGUGUCCUUUAAGAAAAACAGAGGGCUUUUUGUUUUUUAAAGUCUAAGGAAAACUCAAGACGAUUAAAGAGGCUAGAUAUCCCAAGACUAAGUGAAGCUCUCCAUUGUCAUUUCAGUAGCAUGCCUUGUUGAGAGGGAAGUGAGUCCCUGGAGUAAUGAGUAAAGUCCUGCCCAUGUUAGGAAGCAUAACUCAUAGACUGGACAUACAGAGCAAGGUCUGUAAGGAAUCAAAAUUACCUCGAAAGUUUUGAUCCUGUGAUAAUAUAAUGGUAGUGCCGUUAAAUAAAGUAUAAAAUGGGGAGAAACCACAAGUUGUUCUAAGGCACAAGCUCAAGGGAUCAGUUCUGCAUCAGCUGUGGUGCUGUUGAAUGUGAAGAGCAGGUGGGAAGCUGAAUUUUCAGACUAGAACCUCAAGAGAAGAAUCAGGGCUACACAAGAGGUAUUCUCAUUACUCUGGGGGUCCUCAGAGAGACUCUUGGAUGCUCUUGUUGACUGGAUUCUCCAGAAGGAGACAGAAAGAUGGAGUGUGCCAUGUGGGGUAUUUAUUCGGCUUCCCUGGUGGCUCAG